AUGGCUUCUGAAACAACAGUAUCUGAGUCCCCAGCCUACGAGUACUAUCAGAUCAAAGCUCGGUUCCCAUCCAGUGAAUCUGACCCCAACGACGGUAUCAAUCGGAAAGUCUUCGUUCGUCAGGAUGUCGAUGAAUGGAGUAGCAAAAAGUCGAACAAGAAGCAGGUCGAUCUUUUCAUCCUAGCUUUGGAUAGAUUCCAGAAGCUAGACCCAAAGGAAAGGCUAUCUUACUUCCAAGUCGCUGGUAUUCACGGUCAGCCAUUUGCACGAUGGGAUGACCCUAGUCCGGAGCCCAUGAAGAAUGGCUACUGUUUCCAUUCCCAUGUCAUCUUCCCCAUCUGGCACCGGCCCUACGUGUUCCUUUUCGAGCAAGUCGUGUACGACAUCAUGGUAAAUGAGGUCAUUCCACUAUUCCCUGAAGACCGUCAGGAUGCAUGGCGGGAGCAGGCCGAGUCAUGGCGUCUUCCAUUCUGGGACUGGGCACGAAAUGGCCGAGUGCCCGACUUGGCAAAGUAUCCCACCAUCACUGUCCCCAAGCCAGAGGGAGGGUUUACUCGCAUUGACAACCCGUUGUUCCAAUUCCGCAUGCCAACCGACCAACCCAUGCGAAGCGAGGGCGUAGGUACCGAAAACACAUGGCAAGACGACGCGGAACAGGAAGAUUACAAGAAUUUCGGAAAUGCGAUCGGAACCAGUCGUUGGCCUGAUGAAGAGGACCAGAAGCCAACCAGUGAGGGAUGGCGACAUGGUGUUGUUAAUAACCGUAAAGUGGCGGAUGCCUUCAACUCACACGAUGGAUAUAAUGACAAGAACCAUGGUCCCGCUGCCGAGAUGGUGUAUAGGCUGCUCACUGUGCCUAUGGAUUAUACCACAUUUGCCAGCACUAAUCCAACUUCGAAGGAUCAGAAGGUUGAAGAGGAUUUGAACAUUGAAUAUAUCCAUAACAACAUUCACGGUUGGACAGGUGACGCUGGUCAUAUGGGAAAUGUCCCAGUGGCUUCCUUUGACCCUCUGUUCUUCCUGCACCAUUGCAACAUUGAUCGUCUUUUCGCGAUCUGGCAAGCCCUGAAUCCUGACAAGUGGCUUGGCAACGUUGAAGGAGACAACGCUACCAUUCGUGACUCCCACGGCAAAGAGCAGGCUGUCAAUGGAAAUACUCCCCUCCAGCCAUUCCGAAAAGAUGAGGAAGGAACCUACUGGACCCCGGAUGGAGUCCGUCAUACUCCAAACCUCGGGUACUCAUACCCGGAGUUACCUCGCUGGGAUUUGAAGUAUCGCCAACCUGAUGGGGCGUUGGAUCAGGAUUCGUUCCAGAAAAGCAUUUUUUCCACUGUUAACACUCUCUAUGGUGUAUCUCGUGACAUUGCCCUUGACCCCAAGGUUCCCAUCCCGGAAGGCGUCGAUGCAAUCGAUGGCGGGCUCAAGGUGACUGACUUUGCUUUCAGUAUUCGAUUCUUGAAAUACGCCCUUGGUGGUCAGCCGUUCUGGGUCAAAUUAUACCUCGCCCAAGAAGAUGGCAUACAGACUCCACUCACAGACCUGAUCGCGGAAGUUUACAACUUCAGUCAGAAGCCGGAACUUGAUGGAGCAUCUGUUUGCGGGAAUUGCACCAGUGGACAGAAGUCGCGCGUCAAGUCAACCGCUUAUAUCCCUAUCUCCCCUGUGCUUUUCAAACUCGUCAGGAGUGGGAAGAAACUAAAAUCGUUGUCUCGCGACGAAGUUCUAGCCUAUCUCCAGAAACGUGCUUACUGGAGAGUAGUGAAGCAUGGAAAGGAACUGCCGCGGUACGAUGUCGAAAAACUCGAACUCGAGAUCAUCGGUAGCAGUAACGACACCAGUCACUUUGAGGACCCUGCUAAGCCACCAUCCUUUGAAAACUUCAAGAAAGAACCAACCAUCACCGGUGGUGCGGAUGGUGCACUUGAUCCUGAGUUGAAGCAGCCGAAGAUUGAUCCCCCUGCUCCUCGACCUAAGCGUCCGAGAGCAAACCUUUCCCUCCAUGGAAAUCUGCCCUUCCGACAGGUUCUCAAAGCAGACAGUGUCAUUCUUCUCGAGUCCUCCGGUGUUGAUCUUUCCAUUCCCGAUACUCCCAUCGACAUGACUCAGAUUUCCCUUCUCGAUGCCAAGGGUGACACCAUUUUCCACAUUUCCAUCCGUCGGGCACAGAGUGAAAUCAUCUUCAACGCCAAGAUCGAUGGAUCAUGGGGAGUAGAAGAAGUGAUCUCGAUCGGUAAUCGAUUCGGUAGCGAGGAAGGUGCUACUAUUUUGAUCCAUGACCAAGGCGAGGGCUUUGAAGUCUCUAUUGACUGGGUUCACGCCUUAUGGUUCGCCAAACGUGCCGAGGGCCAAUCGGCGCAGUCUAUCUGGUAUGAUCUCGGGGACAAGGAUGGAACAUCUACCUUGUCCGAUGAUCUUGAAGUACGCACAUACCCCUCUAUGAAGGCUCUGUUCCUUCAGAAGCACGCCCAUGAAGAGGAGAAGUGA